UCUAAGUAUAGAAGUUUGAGUUAGAUUUGCAAUAUGCUGACCAUGUCUUUGAUCUGGGGAGUUGUGAUAGCUGUGUGUUGCUGUUUGUGGCUUGUUCUCGGAAUGAGGAGAAGGCAAAUAGGUGAACCGCCUCUGGAGAAUGGGUUAAUUCCAUAUUUUGGAUGUGCUCUGCAAUUUGGUGCCAAUCCUCUUGAGUUCUUGAGAGCAAAUCAAAGAAAACAUGGUCAUAUUUUCACCUGCAAACUAAUGGGAAACUAUGUCCACUUUGUAACAAAUCCCUUGUCAUACCAGAAAGUGUUAUGCCAUGGGAAAUAUUUUGACUGGAAAAAAUUUCACUUUACUACUUCUGUAAAGGUAUUUGGGCACAGAAGCAUUGAUCCAAAUGAUGGAGACACAACUGAAAACAUAAACAAGACUUUGAUCAAGACCCUACAGGGUGAUGCCUUAAAUUCCCUCACGGAAACAAUGAUGGAAAACCUCCAACGGGUCAUGAGACUUCAAGUUACUGCUAACUCACAGUCCACCUGGGAAAGAGAAGGGAUGUAUUCCUUCUGCUACCGAGUGAUGUUUGAAGCUGGAUAUGUAACACUCUUUGGCAGAGAUGUUGCAGGGCCAGAUACACAAAAAGCACUUAUUCUUAAUAACCUUGACAACUUCAAGGAAUUUGACAAGAUCUUUCCAGCUUUGGUAGCAGGCCUUCCCAUCCACAUGUUCAAGACUGCGCACCAGGCCAGAGAAAAACUGGAAGAGAACUUCAAGCAUGAGAACCUGGGGAAAAGAUACCACAUAUCAGAACUGAUCAGGAUUAUGAAUGACACACUGUCUACCUUAGAUGACAUGGAGAAGGCCAAGUCACAUGUCGCUCUACUCUGGGCUUCGUUAGCAAACACUAUUCCUGCUUCAUUCUGGUGCUUGUUUCAGAUGAUUAGGAACCCGGAAGCAUUGAAAGCAGCUACAAAAGAAGUGAAGAAAACUCUGGAGAAUGCUGGUCAAAACAUCAGCUCUCAGGACCAUCCUAUUUCUUUGAGUCCAACACAACUGAAUGACAUGCCUGUGCUAGACAGUAUCAUCAAGGAGUCUCUGAGGCUCUCUAGUGCCUCCCUGAACAUUCGGCCUGCUAAAGAGGAUUUCACUUUGCACCUUCAGGAAGGUUCCUUUAAUAUUCGCAAAGAUGACAUCAUAGCACUUUAUCCACAACUAAUGCAUUUAGAUCCAGAAAUUUAUCCAGACCCUUUGACUUUUAAAUAUGAUCGCUAUCUUGAUGAAGAUGGGAAGAUAAAGACUGCCUUCUACAGAAAUGGACACAAGUUAAAGUAUUAUUAUAUGCCUUUCGGAUCAGGAGUCACAAUAUGUCCUGGGAGAAUAUUUGCUGUCCUGGAAAUCAAGCAAUUUUUGAUUCUUAUGCUUACCUAUUUUGAACUAGAGCUGGUGGAAAACCCUGCUAAAUGUCCUCCUUUGGACCAGUCCCGUGCAGGCUUAGGUGUUUUACCACCCUUAAAUGAUGUUGAGUUUAAAUAUAAAUUCAAAUCUUUUUGAUUAUGUUGUUAGACAGAGAGAGGAGAUGUUACAGGACUGAAGAACAUGUUGUAUAUCUGUCUCUCUGGGCAGAUGCCUUAACUGGUAAUGAAAGUGAUGCAGCAAGUCUAAUUCUGUUCACGGAUCUUUGCUGGUGAAUCUGAAUAUUUGGGUGACAAUUUCUAUAUUCCAUCUCAGCCUAUGCUAGUUAGAAGCACAACAGUUUUGUUUGAAUGAGUUAGUGAAUGGUAAUGUAACCAGGACUGAGCUUCAUUUUUUUUCCCCCAGAGGAAAAAGCUUUUUGUUUGUCCAGAAUGAAAUACUCCAAUUGGCAGCCUUUUUUCCUAGGGAAAUGAACUUAUUUUUAUGGAAGUUAUCUAGUAAAUUUGAAAAAGUUACAAAUUCACGUUUUAGUGAAACCAUGAUUUUUUAAAUAAGAAGAAAACAUCUUUUAAUUUUCCCUAUAUCAAGCAUUCACACUUUAAAAAAUAAUUAUAACAUUAAUUCCUGAACUACAUUAAAGACAGUUGAAUAUUUCCAUUUAAAUUCAGGUUUCAACUAUCUUAGUUAUGUUUUUAUUAGAGUUCAUUUAAUGUGCGUUUUUUUUUCAGAAAAGGCAAUUUUUCUGGCAUUACUAAACCUGAAUCAAUUAAAAAAUAUAGAUUUUAUGUGGCAUGUUUUUAAGUUAAAAUAAAAUAUUAACCCUAUAAGAGAAAAUAGCCAUUUAAAUAGUUAUUUAAAUAGCCAUUUAAAAGCAUUGGACAUAAAAUGUGAGAUAUCAAAGAGAUCACUGUCACUGUCAUCCCAUUUCUCAUCGAUUUGCUGGCACCAGUGACGUCUUCUCAUUGAGAGACUUAUUGUUACUGUUUUUGGCAUAUCCAAUACGCGUGAGUAGCUUGCCAGGCUCUACCACGAGGGCAAGGGCUCGAUACUCUCGGUAGCUUGCCUGGCUAUCUGAGAGGGGCAGAGGAAUCGAACUCGGGUCAGCCGUGUGAAAGGCGAACGCCCAACCGCUGUGCUAUCGCUCCAGCCCAUGAAAGAGAUAAUUUAAUAUAAUCUAGUAUUGUAUUUAAAUACUUUUUAUAUUUCAAUAUCAUUCAGUUGAAGAAAAUAUAAUUUAAGGUUAUUUGAUAGCUUUUAUUGUGUAUUACAGUGCUGAGGUAAGAUAUUUUAAGUAUUGGAGUUAUCAGUUACAUUUUAUUGGUAUUUCUGUACAUAUUUAUUUAUAAAUUAUGCUUACUUAUUUCUUGUAUUACAAAUAUUUCUGUACUAGAAUAUAUUGUUAAAUUUUAUAAUUUUUAAAUGAUUCACCUUUCAGAAAUAUGUGUGGAUAUGUUUUAAAUUUUAUACUCAGAAUACUUAAUACACUCAUCUGAAAACUGCAAGAAUUAUGUUCAAAAUUUAUCCCUUAUAAGAAGCAAAAUUGUGAUUCACUCAAAAAUUUCUCUACCAAUCAUAACAUUUAUCAAUUUAAAAAAUCUUGUUAUUUAAUAUUAUCAUGGAAUUACCUGUCACACGAAUU